GCAAGAAUAAUUCGAGGGAGAAGUUUCCACCUUACGGACAAGUCAGCUCUAGCACAUUCCCAAAACAGCACAAUGCUCCAGAAGUGUGCAGGAGAAGGGAAGCGCUCACCUUCAAAAGGACUGCCACCAGGACCAUCGAUCUUUACAUCGAAAUAUCUCAGAUUGCCACAAGACCAUUAUGGACGAAAUAUCGGGGCAUUCACCAAACGCAUGGUGAG